CGGGAGGGGGCCGGGCUGAGGCCGGAGGAGGCGUGGCUAGCGGGAGGACUGUCCGCGGUGUCAAACGCGGCGGCGGCGGCGGCGGCGGCGGCGGCGGCGGCGGCGGCGGCGGCGUCUGCCGCCACUGCGGCGGCUGUCUCGAGGUUGGCGGUCCGUAUUGGACAGGUGCCACUUGCGACGCCGCGUUCGUCGCGGCCGCCUUGGCCAAGGCGGAGCUGGCGGGGGCGGCGGCGUACAGCUCGCUGCCGCUGCUGCAGCCGCUGCUGCGCGCACUCGCGGCAGAGGCGGCGGUGAAGACGGUCGGCGGCGGCGCGGCGGCCUCCCUGCUCGCCCUGCCGCUCCCGGCGGCUUGCCGCGCGUUGCGCUGCACUCUGGUGCCGCCCGCGACGCUCGUGCGCGCGCUGGAGGGGUGUGGUGUCGGUGCUGCGCCAUGCCACUGGGACCCGUGCACUCUCAAGGCGGCGGACGCACGUCGCGUGUGGCCAGUGCUCUGCGAGUGGGCGAGGCUCCACCCCCUACAGCAGGGCGAGGCCAGCGCGUUGCUCGGGCGCCUGCAGCGGCGGUCAUGCGGCGGGGAACCCGGCCGCAUACACUUCGACGGCGUCUCCACUCUGCAGCAGCAGAAGCGGCGGCGGAGGGAGGGCCUACCCGCCCGUGUCGCUGCGCCGCCGCCCGCCACAGUCGCCGGGCCGAGCGGCGGUGUCUCGGCCGCAGGCGCCGGCCCGCGCGUCGCGACGGCAGACUCCCCCCCCGGAGGCGGAGGCGGAGGCGGAGGCCGGUGCCGCUUCUCUGCGGUUUGCCCCUUCCCGUACGCGCGCGACGGGAGGGCGGACUCGGUGGCGCCGCUCGGUGUGGUGGUGUGCAGCGCGUCG